AUGCCACAAUCCAGAAUAGCGGAGGUGGGAGGAGUUGUGCCAGCCGUAGCCGCGCUUUCAAAGGUGUGGGCCAAAGGAAGUCCCCAGGAGACGCCGGAGAUGCAGCUUAAUCCUGCAAGCACAAGAAGCACCGGUCUCCAGACCCCCACGGAGAAGUACUCUCAGCCUCCAAAUAAACGUGUGUAUUACCACGCAUACGAAACCACCACACUACACAAAGAAGAGAGCAUUAGACUGGCUGGGUACAACCCAAUGGGUCAAAUAGAGAGACAUGCCACUUGCCCGAACAUCAAAUGCCACUGGACCACGCAAACGGCGGCCUUUACGCGCCGCGGAGACACCACAGAGCAGCGCCAGGUUCCCAGCCGCAGCUUUGUGUUAGGCUACCCAUGGUUGAGAAAGCACAACCCUCAAAUCGACUGGUGUGAGAAGAAGGUGAGAUCCUGGAGCGCCUUGACUCCGGCUUCUGAGACGACCAAGUUCCCACCUAAGCCCAUUGACCUGACUAAAGUGCCCCAGGGCGUGCUACAAAGACAUGCAGAAGUCUUUAAGAAGGAGUUAGGCACCCUGAAAGACGUGGAAGUAGCCAUAGAGCUGAAGCCGGAUCAUGUCCCACGUUUCUGCCAAGCGAGAGUUGUUCCCUAUACGCUCAGACCAAAAGUGGAGGCUGAAAUUGAACGACUGUGUGAGCAGGGAAUCAUAUCCCCUGUCAAAUUCAGUGAAUGGGCAACACCCAUUGUGCCUGUUGUGAAAAAGAAUGGAGAUGUAAGGAUAUGUGGGGAUUUUAAAGUCACAAUUAAUCCUGCCCUGUGCGUGGAGAAAUACCCCAUUCCACGCAUUUAAGAUUUAUUUGCUUGACUUUCAGGAGGGCAGCAGUUCAGUGAACUGGACUUGUCUCACGCCUACUUGCAGAUGGUGAUCGAGGAAAAUUCCAGGAAAUGCCUCACAAUAACCACAUCCAAGGGUCUGUUCAUCUACAACAGGUUGCCAUUUGAAGUUACCUCAGCACCAGCCAUAUUCCAAGGUGCCAUGGACCAAGUCCUCCAGGGUCUGCUAACUGCUAACGUCCACUGUUAUCUGGACGACAUAUUGGUCAGUGGACAGGAUCGUGCGCAGCAUCUGAAGAACCUGGAUGCUGUCCUUGGAUGCUUGGAAGAAUUCGGCUUACGAGUGCAGAAGGAAAAAUGCGAAUUUCUCAAGGAUUCACUGGAAUAUCUGGGUCAUGUCAUUGAUGCCCAGGGUCUACACAAGGCACCUGAGAAGGUCAGAGCAAUCGUGAAGGCUCUGGCACCAACAGACGUGAGUCAGUUACGUUCUUUCUUGGGGCUAAUCAAUUAUUACAGCAGAUUUAUUCCCAACCUAUCAUCUAUCCUAAGCCCAUUGAAUGCUCUGCUGUGCAAGGGAAAGCAAUGGCAAUGGACAUCUGAAUGUGCAGCAUCUUUUAAAGAGGCAAAAGAGCAGCUACUCUCUCAAAGUGUGUUAACCCAUUAUGACCCACAACUUCCCAUUCAGCUGGCGUGUGAUGCAUCACCUUAUGGCGUUGGUAGCGUCAUCUCACACAUCCUCCCGAAUGACCAGGAGAGGCCUAUAGCUUUUGCAUCUAGGACUCUGAAUAAGGCUGAAAGAAACUAUGCCCAAAUUGAGCAUGAGGCUCUUGGCAUCAUAUUUGGAGUUCGUAAAUUCCACCACUAUCUGUAUGGCAGACAGUUUACACUCCUUACAGACCAUCGCCCAUUGACCACAAUUCUGAGCCCUUGCAAAGCAACACCAUCCAUGGCUGCUGCUAGAAUGCAGCGGUGGGCUUUCACGUCUGGGCUUUCACGUCUUCCUUUACCAACAUCACCAAGAGAGAGAAAGAGUGCUGUGGACAGUUUUCACAUUAAACACCUGGAAGCCUUACCUGUGAACAGCCAAGAAAUCUGCAGAGAGAGCAGGGGUGACCCUGUCCUUGCUCAAGUCCUGGAAAUGGUCUCCACAGGUCGCUUUCCAAGGGUCCAGGAUGCAGCCAGCACAUUGGCACCAUUCAUCAGCCGGAAGGGUGAGUUGACACUCCAGCAAGGUUGCCUUAUGUGGGGUGUGCGCGUUAUCAUUCCCUCAAAACUGAGAUCAAAAGUGCUGUCUGAACUGCACACUGGACAUCCAGGUGUUGUCAAAAUGAAAGCUGUCGCCCGCAGUUACAUGUGGUGGCCCAGAAUUGACACUCAAAUAGAACAAGUCUCAAAAACCUGCCAAUCCUGUCAACUGACACAGAAAGCACCGGGACCAGCACCACUUCAUCCAUGGACCUGGCCGGGAUCCCCAUGGCAGAGAAUCCAUGUUGACUUUGCUGGGCCGUUUCAGGGCCAAAUGUUCAUGGUAGUUGUAGACGCCCAUUCUAAAUGGCCUGAAGUGCAUCUCAUGAAUUCCACGACGAUGACCAAUACCAUCCAGGUGCUUCGAGGGCUAUUCAGUCGCUAUGGGCUCCCUGAGGUGCUGGUGAGUGACAAUGGCCCCCAGUUUACCUCACACGAGUUUGACAGCUUCAUGAAAGGUAACGGAGUAAAGCACAUCCGCUCUGCCCCAUUUCAUCCAUCAACAAAUGGUCUUGCAGAACGUUUUGUACAGACAUUUAAGCAGUCACUGAAGCGCUCCACUGGAAUCACGUCGAUACAACACAGAUUGGAUGCCUUCUUACUCAUGUACCGCAACACUCCACACUCCACAACGAAGGAGACCCCCGCCAUGCUCUUCAUGCAUCGCAAACUGCGAUCUCGACUCGACCUACUAAAGCCCAGUGUGACAUCAGUGGUAGAAAAAGCACAAGAGGCCCAGUGUGCUCAUCGAGACAUGCAUGCAAAAGCCAGAACGUUCAAGGUAGGAGAUCCAGUCCUCGUUCGGGAUUACGGGAGAGGAGAGAACAAGUGGACACCAGGAGUCGUCAAAGCCGAGACUGGUCCUGUAUCUUACACCGUCGACAUCGGCGCAUCGCAACACUGGAGAAGACACGAUCAGACGACCAGAUGCUGGCCAGGUAUGCUGAAUUGGAUACUCCAACAGACAACGGUGGAGCUGCAUCAUCAGGCAUCUCAGCAGACCUGCCUGUGCUGGACAACACCAUUCCAGAACCAGCUACUCCGGUUCCUGUGA